AUGGAGUACAGUACUCGACCGCAACGAAUUUCUUGUCAAUAUGGUUACAUUCGUACAAUACCUGGCACAUUGAAAGCUAUUCAAUUUCUUUGUGAUAUCGUCGCUUUAAUAUUAGGUGCAGCAGCGCCAGCUAUGAGUUAUAGUGGCCAUAAAGGAUUUUUUACAUUUGUUGCUGGAUUCGCAAUUAUAAUAACAACAAUUCUUUUUCUAUUGGCUUUAAUAAAUUUACAAGCUGUUUGUAUACCAGAUCGUUGGCUGUUGAUUGAAAUGUUUUGGUGUGCAUCUAUUGCUUUACUAUUUUUUAUAGCAAGUAUUGUUGUUGCAACAAUUGCCAAAUAUAAUGGUGUUUAUGGAGCUGCAGCGUUUUUUGGCUUUGCAGCUUUUUUUACUUAUUUAGCCGAUGCAAUUUAUCGUUUUCGAUUAGUUCGAGCUGGUCCACGUGGUCGACACACAGAAGCAUAUAUAUCCAAUACAACAACAACAACAACCGUUACUCGCCAACAACCAACUUAUUAA